ACCAUCGCUACCUUAACAAUAUUUGAAUAAUUACUUGUUUGAGAAACCGCCUUACAGCGAUUAUUACUAACUCAAUAGUAGAACCGCGAGUGGGCUACUCAACUUGUGUUUACUGAAUGGAAUACAAUGGCUAGUAUCAAUGAUAGUUUAAAUAAAACUUAUCAAGAAAAUGAAUUAAACUUGGAUUAUUUUGUUAAUGCAACAGAACAUGUUAUGGAUAUUAACCAUAGUGCAGGUUAUUUAGGGAACACAAGUAUGGAAACAUCAUCAGUUUCUUAUUAUGAAUAUGAUGAAAAUAGUACGUUUUAUGAAUCGUCCGAGAUCGCUUUGUUAAAACAACCGGCUCAUUUAAUUGCCGUGUAUUCAAUUGCAUACGGAUUAGUGUUUAUUUGUGGAUUAAUUGGGAAUAUUUUUGUCAUAGCUGUGAUAAUAAAAGAACCAAGUAUGAGGAAUGUUACAAAUUAUUUUAUUCUGAAUUUAGCAGUGGCGGAUAUACUUGUUGCGUUAAUGGUGGUACCAAUCACUUUACUGACUAAUCUAUUCACUGGAUGGCGAUACGGUGCAUUUCUCUGCAAAAUCACGCCAUAUGUUCAAAGUGUAGCAUUCAGUGCGCAUCAGUAAAUACUCUGGCAGCAAUU